GGCCAUACCGGGGAUAGUAACGAUUCUUCAUUCGAACCGAAAACACAUCCCAAAACGACAACGACAACGACGAUGACAACGAACCGAUCCACCAGACUUCUGGUGUUGCUAGUGCUCACCUCUUUGGUGGCGAGACAUCAGGUGAACGCCGCUGCCGCAGGACUGAAGUGCAGUGGCAAGAGCGCCGUUUGUGUGGGACCACACUCCUACCAGGACUGCGUCGACGAUGUGACCGUCGGCCCGGUGGUGGCCUGCCCCCUCAACACCCGCUGCGUCACCGACGGCCUGGAGAUCUGUGUGGCCGUCAAGUCCGCGGUCGUGGAGGCACCCACGGCGGCCGUGGCCAAGAUGGUGACCAUCACCGACAGUCCGGUCAGCGAGCCAGCUUCGCUCGUGGAGAGCAACCCUGUUCCCAACGAGAGCUCCACCGAAGGACCCAGCAUCGCUUCCAGUGCUGCCCCUGCUGAGACGACCGCACCUCCCGCCGAGAAUACUUUGGCGCCCGUUGAGACUACUGUGCUUGUGGAGGAGCCCACCACCACUGGAGCUGUCGAAACAGAGACUACUGCUCCCAGUCAGGACGUCACCACCACCCAGGCUCCCGGAGAAACCACUCUAGCACCCGGAUCGGAGGACACCAACCCACCCAUCGACCCCAAUACUCCCCUAGAUCCCAACGCACCCGAAACCACUACCGCCGCACCAGGAGAAGUUGAUCCCAACGCUCCUCUUGAUCCCAAUGCUCCUAUUGAUCCCAACGCGCCUGUUGACCCUAAUGCCCCUGAGACCACUACCACAGCACCAGGAGAAGUCGAUCCCAAUGCUCCAGUCGAUCCUAACUCCCCUCAGGACCCCAACGCACCGGAAGGAUCUACAAAUGAACCUGGUCUGGUCGACCCGAACGCACCUGAAGUAACCACUACCGCCCCUGGAACUCCUGCCGACCCUAACGCUCCCGUUGAAACUACCGCUGCUCCAGGCGAACCUGCCGAUCCCAAUGCACCUGCCAAGCCCACCGCUGCUCCUGGAGAACCUGCCGACCCCAAUGUACCUACCAAGCCCACCGCUGCUCCUGGAGAACCUGCUGACCCGAAUGCACCAGCAGGAUCUACUGCUGCUCCUGGAGAACCUGCCGACCCUAACGCUCCUGCUGGAUCCACUGCUGCUCCUGGAGAACCCGCCGACCCGAAUGCACCUGCUGGAUCUACUGCUGCCCCUGGAGAACCUGCCGACCCUAACGCUCCUGCUGGAUCCACCGCUGCCCCUGGAGCUCCUGUUGAUCCCAACGCUCCUGCUGGCUCCACCGCGGCUCCUGGAGAACCUGCCGACCCUAACGCUCCUGCUGGAUCCACUGCUGCUCCUGGAGAACCCGCCGACCCGAAUGCACCUGCUGGAUCUACUGCUGCCCCUGGAGAACCUGCCAACCCUAACGCUCCUGCUGGAUCCACCGCUGCCCCUGGAGCUCCUGUUGAUCCCAACGCUCCUGCUGGCUCCACCGCGGCUCCUGGAGAACCUGCCGACCCUAACGCUCCUGCUGGAUCCACUGCAGCUCCUGGAGAACCUUCCGACCCUAACGCUCCUGCUGGAUCCACUGCUGCCCCUGGAGCUCCUGUUGACCCCAACGCUCCUGCUGGAUCCACCGCUGCCCCUGGAGCUCCUGUUGACCCCAACGCCCCUGCUGGAUCCACCGCUGCCCCUGGAGCUCCAUUUGACCCCAACGCUCCUGCUGGUUCCACCGCUGCCCCUGGAGCUCCAGUUGACCCCAACGCUCCUGCUGGCUCCACCGCGGCUCCUGGAGAACCUGCCGACCCUAACGCUCCUGCUGGAUCCACUGCAGCUCCUGGAGAACCUGCCGACCCUAACGCUCCUGCUGGAUCCACUGCUGCUCCUGGAGAACCCGCCGACCCGAAUGCACCUGCUGGAUCUACUGCUGCCCCUGGAGAACCAGCCGACCCUAACGCUCCUGCUGGAUCCACUGCUGCUCCUGGAGAACCUUCCGACCCCAACGCUCCUGCUGGUUCCACCGCUGCCCCUGGAGCUCCUGUUGACCCCAACGCUCCUGCUGGAUCCACCGCUGCCCCUGGAGCUCCUGUUGACCCCAACGCCCCUGCUGGAUCCACCGCUGCCCCUGGAGCUCCUGUUGAUCCCAACGCUCCUGAAGGUUCCACCGCUGCCCCUGGAGUUCCUGUUGAUCCCAACGCUCCUGCUGGAUCCACCGCUGCCCCUGGAGCUCCUGUUGACCCCAACGCCCCUGCUGGAUCCACCGCUGCCCCUGGAGCUCCUGUUGAUCCCAACGCUCCUGCUGGAUCCACCGCUGCCCCUGGAGCUCCUGUUGACCCCAACGCUCCUGCUGGCUCCACCGCUGCUCCUGGAGAACCUGCCGACCCUAACGCUCCUGCUGGAUCCACUGCUGCUCCUGGAGAACCCGCCGACCCUAACGCUCCUGCUGGUUCCACCGCUGUCCCUGGAGCUCCUGUUGACCCCAACGCUCCUGCUGGAUCCACCGCUGCCCCUGAAGCUCCUGUUGAUCCCAACGCUCCUGCAGGUUCCACCGCUGCUCCUGGAGCUCCUGUUGAUCCCAACGCUCCUGAGGGUUCCACCGCUGCCCCUGGAGCUCCUGUUGAUCCCAACGCUCCUGCUGGCUCCACCGCUGCCCCUGGAGCUCCUGUUGAUCCCAACGCUCCUGCUGGAUCCACCGCUGCCCCUGGAGCUCCUGUUGACCCCAACGCUCCUGCUGGAUCCACCGCUGCCCCUGGAGCUCCUGUUGAUCCCAACGCUCCUGCAGGUUCCACCGCUGCCCCUGGAGCUCCUGUUGAUCCCAACGCUCCUGCAGGUUCCACCGCUGCCCCUGGAGCUCCUGUUGAUCCCAACGCUCCUGCUGGCUCCACCGCUGCCCCUGGAGUUCCUGUUGACCCCAACGCUCCGGCUGGAUCCACCGCUGCCCCUGGAGCUCCUGUUGAUCCCAACGCUCCUGCUGGUUCCACCGCUGCCCCUGGCGUUCCUGUUGACCCCAACGCUCCUGCUGGAUCCACCGCCGCCCCUGGAGCUCCUGUUGACCCCAACGCUCCUGCUGGUUCCACCGCUGCCCCUGGAGCUCCAGUUGACCCCAACGCUCCUUCUGGAUCCACCGCUGCCCCUGGAGCUCCUGUUGACCCCAACGCUCCUGCUGGUUCCACCGCUGCCCCUGGAGCUCCAGUUGACCCCAACGCUCCUGCUGGCUCCACCGCAGCCCCUGGAGCUCCUGUUGAUCCGAACAUCCCUGCUGGAGGUGCCCCAGGCUCGUCUGCCGGAGGUGCCCCAGGAUCUGCCGCAGGCGGUGCUCCAGGCUCUUCAUCUGGUGCCGCUGGCGGAUAUCCUGCUGGUGGAGCUCCAGGCUCUUCAUCUGGAGCCGCUGGUGGAUCCCCUGCUGGUGGUGCUCCUGGCACUUCUGGAUCUCCUGCUGGUGGUGCCCCAGGAUCGGCCGCAGGCGGUGCUCCAGGCUCUUCAUCUGGUGCCGCUGGCGGAUCUCCUGCUGGUGGAGCUCCAGGCUCCUCAUCUGGAGCCGCUGGUGGAUCCCCUGCUGGUGGUGCUCCUGGCACUUCUGGAUCUCCUGCUGGUGGUGCCCCAGGAUCUGCCGCAGGCGGUGCUCCAGGCUCUUCAUCUGGUGCCGCUGGCGGAUCUCCUGCUGGUGGAGCUCCAGGCUCCUCAUCUGGAGCCGCUGGUGGAUCCCCUGCUGGUGCUGCUCCUGGCACUUCUGGAUCUCCUGCUGGUGGUUCCCCAGGAUCUGCUGCAGGUGGCGCUCCAGGCUCUUCAUCUGGUGCCGGUGCAGGAUCUCCUGCUGGUGGUGCUCCGGGCUCUUCAUCUGGAGCCGCUGGUGGAUCUCCUGCUGGGGUCAUUCCAUCGAUUCCUACACUGCCUGGCGGAUCUGGUUCUUGGCCUUGGCAACGACCCAACCCUCCCGUCGUGCCACCGUUCUGGAGACCACAUCUCCCAGGACAGAAUGGUGAAGCCGCCGGCUCGAAUGCUGCUGGCAAUGGCGUCAUCAAUCCGGUGCCACCCCACCAUCCUCUGCCCUUCUGGCCCAAUUGGCAAAACUGGGUGAACAGCUGGCGAAAGCCGACCACCGAGGCUCCUGUUGCCGCUCCAGCCCAGCCUGAAGAGCCGCAGAUCCCGUCGCAGCCCGAGGCCCCCCAGCAGCCCGGACAGGCCGAGAAGCCAAGCAACAACAGUCCCGAGACUGCCGAGAGUGUGGAACAGCCUGCCCAGAGCCCACCUGCCUCCAACGAGAACGCCUCUGUAGAGGAGAAGUCGAAGCCGAAGUCCGGCGAGGAGCAGGAUAAGAAGAAACCCGCCUCCGAGGAGAAGGACAGCAAGGAGAAGAAGGACAAGGACAGCAAGGAGAAGGAGAAGGAAAAGGAGAAGAAAGAUUCGAAAGAGGAAAAGGAGAACGAGUCGCAAAGCCCCAAGGAGAACGAGAAGGACGACAGCGAGGACAACGAGCUGAGCUCCAAGGAGAAGAAGCAGUACGUCAAGGAUGUGCUCAAGAAGCUAAAGAAGGGCGAGGAGUGCGACGAAGAUGACGCCAUUCCCGAUGUCCGUGACUGCCGGAAGUACUACCGCUGCGAGCUGAAGAAGUCCGGCAAGCACAAGUUCGUCCACCUCCGUUGCGACAAGAAGGAGCGCUUCGACUGGCUCUCCCAGUCCUGUAUCCCCAAGGAUCAAGCCCGCUGCCUGGAGAAGUAGAAGAGAAGUACACUAAUACCCCGAUCACUGAUCCCCGAUCCUCGACCAUCGACCCCCGCUCGCCCUGGACCCAUUCCCGCUUAACUAAUCCCGCUUGAGAUAAUACGUUUUUUUAUUAUGACUUUAUAUUGGCAAUGAUUCUUUACUUCUAUAAUCCUAAUUAAUUUAUUAUAAUAUCUUACACUUAUGGGUACUAUUUUUUUUCGUUUUAAUAAAUAAAAUUUCAUUUAUGAUGCAAUAA